GAAAUCUGGAUCAAGGAUGCCAGCAGGAGGCCGGGGCUUAUAUGGUGGUGCAGGGUUUGUCUGGCACCAUAUCCAGCCCCGAAUACCCGGCCUACUACCCAAGUAACUCUGCCUGCGCGUGGAGGAUUAUGGUGGAUGAAGGCAAGCGGAUCGUCAUAGUCUUCAUUGCGUUGGACAUCGAGCUCCAGGCUGCGUGUAGCUACGACUACUUACAGGUUCGUGAUGGUGCCGAGACCACUGCCAAUUCCCUGGCCAAGGUUUGCGGUAACACACUUCCAGACCCGGUAACCAGCACAGGGAACAACGUGCUCAUCAACUUUAGGUCCGACGAGAGCGUUGGCGGCGAGGGUUUUGACCUGGAGUGGUCGGUGGAGUGCCUGCCGGACCUGUUCUCCUGCGACUACGCCGCCACCUGCAUCGAACAGUCCCAGAAGUGCGACCUGGUCCAGGACUGCGACGACUGGGCGGACGAGGGGGAAGAGUGCUUGGCGCAGGGUCUGGGGGCUUACGCGGCCUUCAGCGCAGGGUGCCAAAGCGACGUCCAGAACAUCACGGGCUCCGGCAACCUGAGUACUCCCAACUACCCUGGCUUCUACAUCGCCGGGAUGGACUGUAGCUGGUCCCUGGCCGCGGCUCCUGAGUCGGACGGACGCUACCCCGUCCUCAUGGCCAGCUUCACGGGCGACUUCGGCGUCGCCUGCAGCUCAGGGAGCAUUCAGAUCAGAACCACUGACAGCAACGGGCAGGUCGGGAACACGACCAAGUGUGGGGAGCGGGGCGGACCGGUCACGAUCGGCGCGGAGGAGGGACAGACCAUGACCCUGACCUUCUCCCCGAGCUCCCAGCCUAUCGGACACGGCUACAUGGUGGAGUGGAGCCUCUGCCCGCCGGAUUCCCUGGCGUGUCCGGAGAUCGGAGAGUGUUUCCCUCCGGACAGCGGAGUGACCACCUGCCCAAGCAGUAUGCCUACAACACAGGCGACGGCGACCGGUGCUGGGGUCAGCUCGGGAAGCGGAGUGACUGGGGGAACUAUGCACAGAAGCUCUACCGUGCGGCCGAACAGUCCAGCCAACACCGUGUGCUACAGCUGCGAGGGAACGGACCGGGAGUGCAUGACGGGAAACGGAAUAGGAGGAACUGCCAUUGAGUGUCAAGAGGAUGAGGCAUGCUGGGUGGAACGGAUCGGAGAGGGGCAGAACGUGUCGUACAGGCGGAGCUGCCAGCCGUCCUGCACCUCCUACUGGGAGUACGAGAUCUGCAUGACGGCCGACGGGCAGGAGAAGGUGUGCAAACUGUGCUGCGCGGAGGACAGGUGCAACACUCACGUCCUGACCGGCCACAACGACCCUCGGGCCCCCGCCCUCAGUGGCAACAGCGGUGCCGAGGGGAUCCUGGCGUCCCUCGGGCUUGUGUCCGUCCUUGCGCUGGCAGUGUGUGCGGAUAUUCUGUCACUUAUUGCUUAGGCCUAGGUAAAAAAAUUAGUGUUUCCCUUUCUCGACCGACCCAAGCAAAUACUUCACCCACCGAUGCUACUGGUCUGUUCUUUUGUGGGCCGACCCCUAGGCCCUGGCA